UAAAUAUUCUCUUCUCUCCUUCCACCAUUGUCCUUCUUCCUUCAUCUCCUCCAACCCUCUCCUCCUCCUCCUCCUCUACAUUCUUAAUCUCUCUUCUUCCAUGCACAAUUGCCCUUUCUUCCUUCUCCUCCUCCUUCCUCUCAUCGUUCCUCUCGGAGUUUUCUCGCUCUUCGCCUUGCUCCCCCUUCCUCCCAAAGCUUCCUCUUUCCUUCCUCCUAAAUCUCUCUCCUCCUCUUUCCUUCUCCUUCCUUCUCCCGAAGCUACCUCCUUCAUCAACCUUCUCCUCAUCUUCCCCCUUUCUAAACUCUCUCCUCUUAAACUUCACCACCUCAACAGUCUCUCCACCAAAAAUCCUACUCAAAAUCUCCCUCAUCGAGUCCGGAGCUAAAACCGACGAUCUCCCCUGACAAACCCUCGAAUGCAGACUCAAAAACUCUUCAUACGCCGGCACAACAAUCUUGACCACUGCCCCUCCAAUCUGAUGUCUCAAAUCGUCGUCCUGAACGCAAUAACAUUUCUGAUGCCUCCUUAAAAUUUCCUCAAACUCUCUCGUAAACACCUCCAUCCGCUCUCUCGGCGACUCCUCCUCUCUCUGGAGCCACUUCACCAGAGGGCCCCAUGCCUGCGCUUGGUAAGAAUAAGCUGCCUCCUCGGCCGCAGCCUUGUAUUUUUUUUUCAUUAUAUCCUCUCCUACCAAUUUGGCCAGCUCUGAGCCUCUGGUUCUCAUAUACAUAUACCAAUAUGUGUUCAUUGCCAAUACAUGAGAUGUUGUUUUAUCUUUGUAUUUGCUCCUUUUUGCCUCUACAUUUCUCUGCAGUGCAUCGAGAGCAUUCGAUAUCGCCUCUCUUAGUAGAUUCUCAUCGGGCUCCGCCUUCGAUAGAUAUCCUGCUUUCCAUGUUUUCUCUAUUCGCAGUGCUUGGCCCAUUACUGAAGCGUAUCCGCAACCAGCGAGACAUUUCAAGUAGUUCACAGCAUAUCUGACAAUUUUUGGUACAGAUCCAUCAGAAGGCGGAGGAGAACCAUCUUCAAGUCCCUCAAUCUGGAGACCAAACUCCCAGAACACUUUAGAUGCAGCAUGAACCAAUAACUUUUGAAGCUCGCGAAAACGAGCACAUAUAUCAACUCCGGACUCACCAUCAAAAACUUGAAAAAACUCGCUGCGAAUUUUAUCCAUGGAAUCAUACAUGUCAAGGAGUUUGAAGAGCUUUUGGGGCUCUUUGGAGCUGCGAGCGACGCCUUCGCCAAAACGGAAGAAGACAGCCAUGAUUUUAUCAGCGAUUUUUGCGAAGCAUGCAGGCCAGAUCGUGCCGUCCAUGAUGCCGGAGAGGACUCGCUUGCAGAGGUGUUUUUCGGCAAGGAAAACGGAGUUUACCGCAAGUUGGAAGUGUUGGAUCCAGAGAGUGAUUGCUGAUUCUAAGACUUCCCAUUCUAUUUUGUCUAUUUCUUCUGAUAUCCAAACAAUCAUUAGAAGCCAGCGUCUCCGAUAUCCGACCAAGUACUUCAACUUCAAGUUCCGAACCCAAUUGCUUCUUCUCUGCUUCACGAUCAACCUCUGCAUCAACAUCCCCCUCUUCACCUCCUUCAGCUGCUUCUCUGAUCCCUUCAUGCUUGAUUUGCUGCAGUAUGGCCUCGUACUCAUCCUGCAACCUGACCAGUGCCUCGUCGAACACACCCUCGUACCUCAUCGCAUCCACUUCCGACUCAUACAGAGCCUUGAUCGCCGCUAACGUUUCCCUCAACCGAUGAAUCCUUAGUUGAUCCGUUGACUUCGUCCGGCUCAAGAACUCGACUGCCUCCUGGAGCCUUAGAACUGCUGGUUCGCACCCAACGGUCACAGCCCCAAUCGCUGUAUUUAGGCGGUUAACGCAGUCUACGUAUUUUAGAAGCCGAGAUAAGUGAGGCCUGUUGUCAAGACUCAAGGAUAUUAUGAGUGAUACAUAAGUGCUGGAGAAAUUAUAGCACACCUGUCUAAAUUAUAAUUGAUACAUCAAGAACUAUCCAUCCUUAUAUUUAACUAUGCCUUGACCAUUACCUUUUA